AUGAAAUCAAAUAAACCGCCAGGUCCAGUUGAUGAAAUUAAAUUUCUUGAUGAUUUUAGCAUUGAAAAAUCACGUGACACGGCAUACUAUAUAAGAUACGAGACGAACGAGAACAAACAAGACCGACACGAAUACGAGAGGAAACACGAGGAGAAUUACGAAGAAAUGGAUCCCCAACUACCUACACAAUCGCCAAUGCAAAACCCAAUUCCGCAACACCACAUCAAGCACAAGAAUUAUUUACACAAAGCUCCGUUAUCUCUCCUGCCCUACUCAAUGCCUACAUCAGAAACAUACCUCUACUCUAACGUCCAAUUCAAAUCUACCUUUCGAAAACAUCCCAAACUACUCGGUGUCAAUUUUGAAACCCUCAUUUUCAAUAUAUACACAAACAAUAGCACAAAAAUUCCAACAAAGAAACCAAAUACUCAAGUCUCUGGCAGACACUAA